CUUUGUUGGGCGUUUGCUAGUCCGGGUCCGAUGUAACUUCGAACUUAACCUCUUCUUUGACGUCUACCACAGCCCGUUUUCAGUACGCUGGAUCCGCCAAAACCUGACGUGUAAUGGCUGAAACAGGACUAUCACUUCCCCAGGAUUUCGCACACAGUCGAGCUCGGCUGUCCGCGCACACGACAAAUGCCUCGAGGUCGGGGCGGGGCUAUCCGAAGCACUCAAGUUGAGCUUACUCGCGAGCGCGAGGGGUGUGCGGAAGAUGCAACUCACAUAUAUCCGGCUGCUGGGGAAUCUACUGACCUACGCGCCGUCGAAUGCUGGUAAGGCCCAUAUUGCACAGUCGGUCUCUAGUUGCAAGAGCGAUGAAGAGCUCUUUGACUUGGGUCAAUUCUACCAACAACACUUCAUCCGUGCAUGCGAGCUUUGCACACUGACUGCCAGUUAUCACACUCGCUGGGCGAAGCGAUGCGGUUCGCAAGAGCAGAGGUCCCGCUCCUCAACCGAGUCCUCACGUAUCGGGACCGUCGUUCAAUAAUGUCCAGGAACUCGUACGUGCAACUCUAGUACCAUAUCCUGCCGAUCACGGGAAUGCCAAGCGCAACGUAGGUACUUCGCAUUUAAAUAGAAUGUUAUGUUCGCAUAGCCUCCAUCUAGACUUUAAUUCGAGAUAGUUCCGAUGCAUGGUCACUGGUGCCAUCGAAUACCUUUCGUGGCUCGAGCUCAAUCCGGAUGCAACAUUUUCUGCGAAGAAGACGGAGUGUUGUCACAUUUUCCCCGGAUCCACCAAUACGAAUCUGGAUAACCAUGGCAAGGUG